AUGUCCGAGGCGGCAGGAAAUCUCAACAGCCUCCGCAUGGCGAAUGUAGCCCUGCGCGAAGAAUUAAAUGUCCUUCGCGGGGAGAAUGCCAAUUUAGGCCUUCAGCUCGGAAGAGCUCUGGCCGAGGUUAAUUCCUUGCGGGGCAAUGUCUCGAGCUACAUCCGCUGGCCAGUGCCCAUAGUGCCCGUCCUUGCAGAGGAGAACUUUGAGUUCCCGCUCAGUGAGAUCGACGCCGUUCCGGAGGGAGAACUGCCCUUCUUGUGCUGGCCUCCCCCGCGCACGGAGCCCGAGUAUGUCUCGGAUGAUCUUUUGAUUAACGUGAUCCAGGACUGCAGCACCCCUGACGGGCCCACCGACCCUCCUCUGCUGCCCAGCCCGUCCUCACCGGCGCUGCCCCCGCCUGCGUCAAAGGAGCCGCCCCCGCAGCCCCCUCAGCCGCCGUUGGAGCGGCCUGAGAUAGAGCCCUUUUCAGGCGACCCGGUCUACCUGGCCGAAUUCCUGAUGCAGCUAGAAACCUUCAUAGCCGACCAUGAGGAUCAUUUCCCCGGGGGCGCCGAGCGGGUGGCCUUUCUGGUCUCCUUUUUCACUGGCGAAGCCAAGGACUGGGCCAUCUCGGUCACCCAGGAAGGAAGCCCCCUGCAUGCCAACUUCCCGCGCUUCCUGGAUGAAAUUCGUAAGGAAUUCUGUGGCCCCAUCCCCCCACGUGUGGCUAAAAAGGCCAUCCGCAAGCUCAAGCAGGGAGACUGUACUCUCGGCAGCUAUGCAGAUGCUUUUCAGUUCCUGGCCCAAUUCUUGUCUUGGGAUGACUGCCGCCUCCAAAACCAAUUCCUCAAAGGCCUGUCGGAAUUCUUCCGUAAGGAGCUCUUAUGGUCAACUGAAAUGGCUGACCUGGAUGAGCUGAUUCUCGAAUGUGUGGAGAUAGAAAGAAAAGUGCGCGUCCCCAAGCCAAUCCCACUCCCUGGGGUUCGCAAUAUCUUCUUCCCUUUUGCUCCUAGCCCUAAUGAUGAUGAAAGUGAAGAUGAAGAGUACUACAGUGAGGAUGAAGAGCAAGAAGCACGCAAGCGCAGGUUUUACCCGAAGGACCAGCGGAGGAGCGUGAGGGCUUUUCAGCAAGAGACGAGUAAGAUGGAGGAGGAGGAGAUGAAGAAAGAAGAAGAGAUGAGGAAGAAGGAGGAAGAGGGAGAGGAGAUGAAACAGAAAGAGGAGGAGGAGACAAGGAAGAAAAAUAAGAAUCAAGAAGAUAAUGAGGAUGAGGAAGAAGAUGAAGAUGAGGAUGGGGGCCAGAAACCAGAGCAGGAGCCAAAGUCGGAGCCAGAGCAGGAGCAAGAGACAGAGGAGACCUAUGGUGAGGUGGAGGGGGAGUCCCAGGAUGCGGCCCAAGAUGGUGAUCUAGACGAGCUGAUGGAGAUGGAGCCAACCUUUGGCCAUGCUUCAUCCCAGACUUCUGGCCCCACAAGUGGCUACCAUGCCGAAAAUUUCCUGGGCACAUCGCCUCCCAUAAUACAGCCUGGCAGACGGAGGAACCAGAAUCGAGUCCCUCUUCUGGAGGGCCUUCCAGGUACCAAUUCACCAUUCUACAGUUCGCCACCCCUGAUUCGUCGCGCAAGUCGCUUGGGGCAACGCCAAAUUCGAAGACGCCCCCCGGUGCUGUUCCGCCUCACUCCGAGACAGGGGGGCCACCGAGCUGCUCGUGGCCGAAUCCGUGUGUAAGUACUGGGGCCAGAUGGCCACCUGGAACACACCCUUCUUCUGUAUCCCCUGCCCCUGCUAUUGCUGCCACACCUGCCCCAUCUGAUCUGCUGACCAGCACUUCAGGGAGUUCAGAUCUGCAGAACCUGAAGAAGACCUGCAGAACUCCACCAUCUUGCAGCUGUGACGAAAGUAACAUGUGCUCAACCAGGACCACCUGGGAAAGGAGGGAUCAGCAAUAGCUGACCUCUCGGCAUGUAUUCUGCUGGAGAGCAGGUUUCUGGACUGUUCCCAUAAUUGAACUGGUCACCCUCUUGUAUUUCCCUUUAGUUGUUCCUAAUCCUCACCUCUCCUGCAUUUAUUCGCCCAUGUUCCACAGUUUUAUCCUUUGACUGGCUCACCAGGACUUCACCCAAUGCCUCACGGAUCUGCCCCAAUGAUCAUGAGGACAGGCUACACUGAACUCCUAAAGUCACUGAGGCCAGUUACUAGACAUAAUCAAUGAUGAGCAGGAUGGUAUCAACAAAUGUCCCUAGAAACCUAUACUUGUUUCAUGCCAUGCCUCCAGCAGAAGGGCCUAGAAGAGAACCCUAUAUCUCGCCUAGUGAGAGUAUGCAAAGCCACAUGUCAGAUGGACAAUUUGACUGACUUUGUCUUUGACUAACUGUGCAAGCUGGUUUCACUUCCAGCACUUGGGUUUACCUUAGUACAGACUCCUGUAUCAGGGCAUUGGACUGGCCUGCCAAACUGGGCCCUCUCCUCUCACCACACUGCCCUCCUAGGCAUCCCUGGUGGACAGUGUUCAACGCUGCAGGCUCUACCCCUUUCCUUGAUGGUGCCUAAAGAAUAGGCAGUUGGGGGUGGGGGUGCAGGAGGAGAAAGAAGUAGCAACACCUUAGUCUGUCAUUGCAAGGAGUGAUUAAGGACUGUGGUCUCCUCGCCCUGCCAGGCCUUGGACUGCAGCCCUCAGUCUAAGGUUUUUACAGGGGACUUUCCAUCUUUGGGGUUGUGAAGGAGGCCUACCUGGCCUUUCCUUCCUGGACAGCCAAAGAGAGAGAGGACCCACGGCUUGUUCUUUAACGCCCUUCAAUUCAAGGAUUCCUUAGUUUGGAGUCAAGAGAGGAAAGUUGGCUCCACAGAGACUGCACCCACUGCAACCUUGCAGGUGAGACACCUUCAUGUCUCUCACAUGGGAGUCAACCCCUGACCUGCUGCUGUGCUUUGAUUAGUCAGUGAGGCUUAAGAGGGUGGCAGCCUAGGAACUCCUGAGACUUUUGGGUACAAACCCUGGUGCCCUUAUAAAGAGACUUGCUGCUUGCUUGGGUCCAGAAAACACUGCUUCUGCAGUGAAAAACACACAUUUACUAUGUCAGUUCUGGCCACAAAACGCCAGCCAAAUCCACUGCUGGCCUGAGCUGCCUCUGGACACUGGACUUUCUGCAUAGUACGUGGCAGCUGGGCAAGUGCAGCCGAUGACUGUGGCCAGACAGAGGGAAGAAAACAGUAAAUUUAACCUCUGCUCCUCACCGGAGUCUGACAGAUGACCUCAGCCCAGCCUGAUGAUUUGGGGACGGGAAGCCAAAGGAAGGAGCUGGAGGAAGAGGAGUCACAGAGAAACUCAGUCCUCUGGCUGGUUUCUGCUCAUUUCCUCACGAGAACGUUCCAGAAGGAGAACUGCUGUUAUUCGAGGCUGUGGACUCGUUUGCUUAUGGUCAACUUGCUGGCCCUGCUGCUUCAUGUACCUGUGGAGGAGUGUGAAGGACAGGUGCCUUGCACCCCCAUUUCCAGGGAGCCCACAGCACAGGCCCUGCCUGUUUCCAUGGCGCUUCUCACCCUGAACCCUUGGAGACUCAGCUAGGGAUAGAGUGGAUGAGCAGUGAGCUGGUUUCCCGUGCCCUGUGGGCAGGAGGGGCUUGGGCUUCCCUCUGACCCUCUUUCCCCAUUUCCCAGAUCUUCAAUAUUUGUUGUGAUGUAACAGCCACAAGAGCUGUAAGAGGAACUAUGGGCUUUGGGCACUUUCUUGGGUUGAAAGAGGGUGGGGGGAGGGGAUGCAUGCAGAGGGGUAUGAUGGCAGCCCAAGGAUUCCCAGAAGCUUGGAAGGAAACUUGUUUGAAAUAAAUGUGUUACUGUAUUAUUGUUGCAUUACUGUGUUGUGAAGAUAAGAAAUUGCUCUGUAUGCUAAAGCUUUCUCUCCUCAAUAAAAACAUAAAGGGUGUGUAAA